GGUGGGCACCAGCCAGCAAAUCGAAGGGGGCGACCCAAGCUGCCCCUUCCACCAGCAUCCGAGUCCUCCCUCGGGUGCCCUUGGCCUGGCAAACUCUCGGGCUAACUCUGUUGCUUUCUGGUUCUUUCUUAGAAGAGGCCCUGCUGGACGAAGGCGGAGGAGUUUGACGGAGGCACAAUGCGGGGGCUGCAUCUGCUCUGCUGGGUGGCUCUCCUGGGCCUGGUGCAGGCCUGCCCAGAGCCCUGUGACUGUGGUGAGAAGUACAGCUUCCAGAUCGCCGACUGUGCCUACCGCGACCUGGUGGCCGUGCCUCCCGGCUUUCCAGCCAAUGUGACCACGCUGAGCCUCUCGGCCAACCGGCUGCCCGGCCUGCCCGGGGGCGCCUUCAGGGAGGUGCCCCUGCUGCAGUCGCUGUGGCUGGCGCACAACGAGAUCCGUACAGUGGCUGCGGGCGCCCUGGCCCCCCUAGGUCACCUCAAGAGUCUGGACCUCAGCCACAAUGUCAUCUCCGACUUUGCCUGGAGCGACCUGCACAACCUCAGCGCCCUCCAGCUGCUCAAGAUGGACAGCAAUGAGCUGAGCUUCGUGCCCCGCGACGCCUUCCACAGCCUGCACGCCCUGCGCUCCCUGCAGCUCAACCACAACCGCCUGCACGCGCUGGCCGAGGGCACCUUUGCCCCACUCACCGCGCUGUCUCACCUACAGAUCAAUGACAACCCCUUCGACUGCACCUGCGGCAUCGUGUGGCUCAAGACGUGGGCCCUGGCCACGGCUGUGUCCAUCCCGGAGCAGGAUAACAUCGCAUGCACGUCGCCACAUGUGCUCAAGGGCACACCACUGAGCCGCCUGCCCCCACUGCCCUGUUCGGCGCCCUCGGUGCAGCUCAGCUACCAGCCCAGCCAGGACGGUGCCGAGCUACGGCCUGGCUUUGUGCUGGCGCUGCACUGCGAUGUGGAUGGUCAGCCAGCCCCCAGGCUGCACUGGCACAUCCAGACUCCCGGUGGCACCGUGGAGAUCGCCAGCCCCAACGUGGGCACGGAUGGGCGGGCCCUGCCCAGUGCUCCUGCGGCCGGCGUUCGGCCGCGCUUCCAGGCCUUUGCCAAUGGCAGCCUGCUCAUCCCCGACUUUGGCAAGCUGGAGGAAGGCACCUACAGCUGCCUGGCCACCAAUGAGCUGGGCAGUGCUGAGAGCUCGGUGGACGUGGCUCUGGCCACCCCUGGCGAGGGCGGGGAGGACACACUCGGCCGUAGGUUCCACGGGAAAGUGGUGGAGGGCAAGGGCUGCUACACCGUUGACAACGAAGUGCAGCCAUCGGGGCCUGAGGACAACGUGGUCAUCAUCUACCUCAGCCGUGCCGGGAGCCCCGAGGCCACAGUUGCAGGGGAAGGGGUUGGUGGGCAGCGGCCGCCAGGCCUGCUUCUACUGGGCCAGUGCCUCCUCCUCUCCCUUUUCCUUGCCCCCUUCUAGCC